AGGUACGCAUUGGGGCUUUUGGCAGAGGAGGAGGAGGAGCAGCAGCAGAAGCAGAGAGAGAGAGAGAGAGAGAGGGGAGCAGUAGUGAUGGCGAAACCGCUGGGACCGACGGGAGAGUUCUUCAGGAGGAGGGACGAGUGGCGGAAGCACCCGAUGCUCUCCAACCAGCUCCGCCACGCCACUCCUGGCCUCGGCAUCGCCCUCGUCGCUUUCGGCAUCUACCUCGUCGGCGAGCAAGUCUACGACAAGCUCUACAAGCCCCAUCCUCCCUCCUCCUCCUCCUCCUCCUCCUCUCACUGACCAAAGCAAUUACCCCCGCCCCCCCACCGAUCAGUUGAGGGUUCAUUUGGAGGAUGAGAAGCUUGGUUUUCAGAAUUUGUGGUAUCUGCUUCCUGGUGUUCUGUCAAAUAAAAGCUCGGGUAAACGAGAAACUCAAGGACCUUUCUUUUUUCUCUGUGACGUGUCGGUAGAAUCGCUGAUGAUGAAGUUAUUUUGUAGCUGUUGCCUAUUUGUAAACUUUUCAAAGUUCUCGAUCAAUUACCAUCUGAAUGUUGCAUCUGAUGACACAAUUGUCAAGUUCAUUUCUCUAUGACAGUACUGCGUGGCAACUUUUGAGGGGUGGGUGUAUCAGGAUGCGCAUAUAAAUAGGCAGUACUUAUUUCACUGAA